AUGAAAGGAAGAGGUACUAGUUCUUGGAUAAUUUUCACCGAAAGCACCUCGACGUAUGAAGCGAUGAUUCCAGAAAAGAGUUUACUAAACGACGGAUCUCACUUUUAUUGGAACUUUUAUCCAGCUAUCAUGCAACAUCGAUCAUUUGGUGCGUGGGCAUUCAUCCCGAAUCGAGAGGGAAUAUAUAGGCAACUGGAUCAACCUACAAAGCAACGCAACCACCACCCACCAUGGCCAAAAACUUCGGACCCAACCCCUCAAAAAGCGAACCGCAAAACCCUCACUGCCACCCCCAAUACAACUGGCAUCCCCACCAGGCCUUGGACUCCCAAAGCAAAACUACAGCAACGCAUCAACAUAACAAAAUAUGAAAUUCCAGACACUCUCACCUCGCGAGACAAUAUCCGGAUGCGCCUGCGUACGGACCAUUUUUAA